UCUAAGUCUAAGACAGAAGCUCCGUCUUCUUGGGUCAGGGCCAUAGAGGAAAUACACACAGAGCGUACUGGUAUGGGUUCUCGGAUCCUUGUGUCUCCCGUUCAGACAGUGAUCUACAUCUUUCUGGUUGUGGUCGGGAUCCUGGGAAAUGCCACCGUUGUUGGCAUCAUAGGAACGGUUCUGUUUAGGGAACAAGGUAGAGGUCGCAGCUCAGACAUGAUCCUGGUGAACAUGGCCUUCUCCAACCUCAUGGUGUCCAUCACGAGGAACACCUUGCUGGUCAUAUCAGACCUUGGAGUUGAGCUGUACUCAUCCAAGGAAUGGUGUAUGUUUCUCAUGGGCUUAUGGGUGUGGCUGCGCUCCGUGAACGUGUGGUCCACCCUCUUCCUCAGCGCCUUCCACUUUCGGACUCUUCGACGGGUCAGUCCCAUCAGUGUCAAGAGAGAGACAUCCAAACAUCUUUUCAUUGCCUUUGGCCUCAUCUGGUCUGUCAACCUGCUGUACUCCACUCCUGCCUUCAUGUUCUCCACCAAGGGUGAUAAGAAUUCAACAGAGAGCCUAAUGUUGGUGAGCAGUACCACACGCCCCCUACUGGGCUGCGUGUGGAACUUCCCCAGCCCCUACAGCGGCCUGGCCUACGCCACCACCUCCAUGGUGAUCCACGAGAGCCUGCCCAUCAUCCUGAUGUCCAUCACUAAUCUAGGGUCGCUGCUGACACUCUACACCCACAGACGCUCAUUCCUGCACACCCAGAACUCUAAUGGCUCCAUCAUGAAGAGGAUGCCGGCUGAAAGGCGCGCUGCCAAGGUGAUCCUGGCCCUAAUCAUGCUGUUCAUCUUCUCCUGGGGUACCAGUGUCAUCUCUGUCAACUACUUUAACUACAAUCGUGGUCCAUCAGCUGAGUUCCUGCUGGUCAUCGCUCGCUUUGCCAAUACUACAUUUGUUGCACUCUCACCCGUUGUGCUAAUUAUUGGACACAGACGUCUCAGAGCUGUGAUAAAGUCUUUUAUCUCUCGCUGAACACUGCAUACUCCCUUAAUAAAGAGCUCUUAUCUUGCAGCUCACUGAUUGAACACAUUAAGUCUCUCAUGUAAAAUUGCCUUUUAAGGACACUUAAAGACUUGUGGGGGUUCUGUAAUCUGCUUUUUACUUGCUCAAUUUCUGUGUUAUGAUUCAG